AUGGAUAGAGACUCAUUCGAUGAACUUGAUAAUUCCUUGGACAAAGCGUUAAACAGUGCUACUAGUAACUUGAACACAUAUUCAAAGUCAAGGGAGUUUAAGAAUAAUUUUCAAAGUCAAAAUAGUCGAAAUAACUCCUUAAACUCGGUUGGAGCUAUACCGCUUAGAACAAUAAGCGGUAGAACCGAUGAAGGUAGUAUAGAGCACCACGAGGAUGAUGAUAAUGGUGAUGGUGAUGGUGGUGACGACUUUCCUCUUAUAGCGGAUCCUCAAAGACUAACAAAUCGGUUUGCUUCGUCGAGUUCAGUAACCCUUGCGACAAGAAGCGUGUCGUCAAAGGUGAGGCAACUUUUCAAAAAUUUCAGCUUGAUGUUCAAUGAUGCCAAAAGGGACUUGAAUCAAAAUAGAUUAAAAGAGUCUGGUGCUUCAGAUUUCAGAAUCAAUAACUUAUGUGACGAAAGAUACAUUUCGGCUAAAACAACAAAUCUCCGAGCAAGCAAAAUAUACCCAUCUAAUGCCAUUUCAAAUGCAAAAUAUAACCCAAUAACUUUUAUACCAAUAAUUCUAUACGAACAGUUUAAGUUUUUUUUUAAUUUAUACUUCCUAGUCGUUGCACUAUCCCAAAUAGUACCACAGUUGAGAAUAGGAUAUCUAUCUUCCUACAUUGUACCGUUGGCUUUUGUCCUCACAGUUACAAUGAUGAAAGAAGCAGGAGACGAUAUAAGUCGACGUCGUCGAGAUAGAGAGCAGAAUUACGAAGUUUACGAGGUUCUCAAUCGAAACUCUGCAGAUGCAUCAUCAUUGACAACGGAACCAAGAUAUAUUCCCUCAAAAGAUUUGAAAGUAGGCGACUUGGUGAAGUUAAACAAAGAUGUUAGAAUUCCAGCAGAUAUGGUUUUGCUCCAAUCUUCGGAGAAAACUGGUGAAGUUUUCAUUAAAACAGAUCAAUUGGAUGGUGAAACGGAUUGGAAAUUGAGAGUUGCUCCAAACGUGACUCAAAACUUUUCAAACGUGUCUCAGAUAAUAAAUUGCGUGUCAAUAAUAGUGGGUAAUCCAACAAAGUCAAUACACAGUUUUACUGGACAGUUGGUUUAUAAUCCCCCCACCGCUAAUGGUUCAAUUUCACCAACUUCUGCUGAAACAUAUCCAUUGACGGUUGACCAAACCUUAUGGGCCAAUACAGUGCUAGCUUCCGGUGCUGCAAUUGGUUUAGUGAUAUAUACAGGCAUUGAAACGCGGCAGCUGAUGAAUACAACAAGGAGUGGUGUAAAGACGGGAUUACUUGAACUUGAAAUAAACAGUUUAUCCAAGAUACUAUGUGCUGUUGUAUUUGGACUUUCUGUGGCUCUUGUUUUAGCCAAGGGCUUCCCGUUGAAAAAGACGUGGUACAUUGACAUUAUGAGAUUUCUCAUUUUAUUUUCUACAAUUAUUCCGGUUUCUUUGCGAGUUAAUUUGGACCUUGCAAAAUCAGUUUAUGCUUCUCAAAUCCAAAAUGAUGAAUCUAUUCCUGAUACUAUCGUUAGAACAUCAACUAUACCAGAAGACUUGGGAAGAGUAGAAUAUCUAUUGAGUGAUAAGACAGGGACAUUAACAAGAAAUGAGAUGGAGUUGAAGAAAUUGCAUCUUGGAACAGUAAGCUAUGCAGGAGACACAAUUGAUAUUGUUAGCGAGUACAUCAAUAAUCUUAUUUGCUACUUAAACUCGUCUCAAUUUGGCGUGAAAAAGAAAGAUCUUGGAGCCAAAGUGUGCGACUUAAUAUUGACACUUGCAUUGUGUCAUAACGUCACCCCGGUUUAUGAUGACGAUGACGACGACAGUGGAAAUCCAGGCUUUGGUGCAAUAUCAUACCAAGCUGCUUCACCAGAUGAAAUUGCCAUUGUUAAAUUUUGUGAUUCCGUCGGAUUAAAGUUGUAUAAGCGUGAUCGACACUCCAUCACAUUAAUGCAUUUGCACACCAACCUGUUGCUAGAAUUUGAAAUAUUGUAUAAUUUCCCAUUCAGCUCGGAAACAAAACGUAUGGGGCUUUUGCUUAAAAGUAAGCUCAAGGAUGAGAUCUGGUUCAUGCAAAAAGGCGCAGACACGGUCAUGGCAAAUAUCGUUAAUACUAACGACUGGCUUGAUGAGGAAACCGGUAACAUGGCUCGUGAGGGUCUCAGAACUUUAGUUGUUGGAAGAAAAUUGCUAACUACCAAUUUGUAUCAAGAAUUUGUGGAAAACUACAAUGAGGCUUCGUUGUCUAUGCAAGAUAGAGACUAUGCAAUGCAAAAAGUAGUUAGCUAUUACCUCGAGCGAAAUUUGGAAUUGCUUGGUUUAACUGGAGUGGAGGAUAAACUACAACAUGAUGUCAAGCCGUCCAUUGAAUUGUUGCGAAAUGCCGGUAUCAAAAUAUGGAUGCUUACUGGUGAUAAAGUCGAAACAGCAAAAUGUGUUUCCAUUAGUGCAAGAUUGAUAUCUCGUGGUCAGUUUGUCAAUGAGAUAACAAAACUAAGUGAUCCGGAUUUGGCUAUGGGCAAAUUAGAAUAUCUUAGAACCAAUCAAAAUUCUUGCUUGCUCAUUGACGGAGAAUCAUUGGCCACCUAUACAAAGUAUUUCUGUAAUGAGUUCUUUGAUAUUGUUAUUCAUUUACCUGCAGUAAUUGCAUGCCGUUGCUCACCUCAGCAAAAAGCUGAUGUAGCAGUUUUUAUACGGAGAAUCACUGGCAAGAGAGUAUGCUGUAUUGGUGAUGGAGGUAAUGAUGUGAGUAUGAUACAGUCAGCGGAUGUUGGUGUUGGUAUAGUUGGAAAAGAAGGGAAACAAGCAUCCUUGGCUGCAGAUUUCAGUAUUGAUCAGUUUUGCUAUCUUUCCAAAUUGUUACUUUGGCAUGGUCGAAACUCUUACAAGAGAUCGGCUAAAUUAGCACAGUUUAUUAUACAUCGUGGACUUUUAAUUUCUGUUGCUCAAGUUGUAUACUCAGUUUCGACUCAUUUCGAGCCCCUAGCGUUAUACCAAGGGUGGUUGAUGGUAGGAUACUCCACAAUUUAUACCAUGGCCCCAGUUUUCUCGCUAACAUUAGAUUGCGAUAUUGAUGAGCAUUUAACUAAAUUAUAUCCCGAGCUAUAUAAAGAGUUAAUAUUGGGGAAGUCUUUAUCGUACAGGACAUUUUUCAUGUGGGUAUUUAUAUCAUUAUUUCAGGGCAGUGUUAUCCAAGUAAUAUCUCAACAAUUUCAAACAUUACUGGAGAAGAAAUUCACUUCAAUGGUUGCCAUUUCAUUUUCUUGCUUAGUGUAUAAUGAGUUGAUUAUGGUUGCUAUGUCGAUCAAUAAGUGGAACAAAAUAAUGGCAAGUACAAUAAUUGUAACGUUUUUGGCAUAUGUGGGUUCAAUACCUAUGUUAUCAGAGUACUUCGAUCUCACUUAUAUAGCUUCGUUUGCGUAUACUUGGCAAACUGGAGUGAUUUUGACCGUAAGUUUGUUCCCAGUAUGGUUGGUUCAAUACUUGAAUAGAAGGUUGAGACCACCGAGUUAUGCCAAGGUACAACAAGAUUGA